GUGUUCACUUAGCGUUGAAUUCUUUAAGUUGUGGUGUUAUCCUUUUCAAGGAAGUAAUACCAAUCCAGAAUGUGGUUUUUUAGAGAUAAGGUGAUAUUAAUAAUCGCUGCGGACUCUGCGAUUGGUGAGGCGACUGCUGAAUAUUUUGCUAAACAAAGGGCAUUACUUGUUUUGGUUGGUCAGAAUGAAAAAAAAUUGAAAAAUUUAAUCGAAAAAUUAUGGCAUCAUGGCAUUGAAUGUGCACCUUUGACUAUUUUGGCCAAUAUAAUCACUGAUUCGGACCGAAUUAUCGACGAAACAAUUGCAAAAUUUGGUCAUUUGGAUGUCUUGAUUAAUACAUUUGGAAUUGGUUUUCCUGGUUCAAUUGAAAAAAUGGAAAUGAACGAGUUUGACAUGAUUAUGGCAACUAACAUGCGAGCUGUUACUUUAUUGACUAAAAAAGCGAUUAAAUAUUUGAACGUGACCAGGGGUAACAUUAUAAACGUGUCGAGCAUUUGCGGUAUUACCCCAUUUCCAAAUUAUCUCGCUUAUUCUAUCUCAAAGGCGGCAUUGAAUCAGUUCACGAAAUGUGUGGCUAUGGAAUUAGAGAGUAAGCGCAUACGAAUUAAUGCAAUUUGUCCUGGUUUUAAUAUUACCGAAUUUUUACCUGGUGACAUGGAAAGCGCCCAUGAAAUCAUGCGACUCGAAAAAUGUGUUAAGGCGAUCGCUUUUUUGGCAAGAGAUCAAGAGCCCUUUUUAUCGGGUAAAAUUUUAUCUGGCGCUAUUGUGCCGCUUCCAGUAACUAAUGGACGGUCUGUGCAAUGCAUCGAUAUAAUUUAAACAAUAAAUUAUGUUCAUGUUUUAUUCUAUUCACCUUGAAAUAGUGACGCAUUUGGAAUUUUUUGUUUAUAUUUAGAAUAAAUUAUCACACAUUUACAUUUGUAUAUCAUUUGAAAUAUUAAUGGAAUUCUGUAAA